UGUUUCUGCAGGAGCAUCUGGUUCAUUGUAUCUGCCACCGAGCCAUGGCUGUAUAGAGUCAUUCUAGACCGCUGGUGCACCGACGGGGUGCGCUUCUUUUUGCAGCUUGGGGGACUUUGUUCUCUGCAUGCCGGAUUUGGGUCGCUAUGCGGGAGUAUAAGGUGGUGGUGCUCGGCAGCGGAGGGGUGGGGAAGUCCGCCCUGACUGUCCAGUUCGUCACCGGGACGUUUAUUGAGAAGUACGACCCGACCAUCGAGGACUUCUACCGCAAGGAGAUCGAGGUGGACUCCUCUCCGUCGGUGCUGGAGAUCCUGGACACGGCCGGGACCGAGCAGUUCGCCUCCAUGAGGGAUCUCUACAUCAGGAACGGCCAGGGCUUCAUCCUGGUCUACAGUCUGGUCAACCAGCAAAGUUUUCAGGACAUCAAGCCCAUGAGAGACCAGAUCAUCAGGGUGAAAAGGUAUCAGCAGGUGCCGGUGGUGCUGGUGGGUAAUAAGGUGGACCUGGAGGAGGAGAGGGAAGUGUCCCCCAGCGAGGGCCAGGCGCUGGCCGAGGACUGGGGCUGCCCCUUCAUGGAGACGUCGGCCAAGAGCAAGACCAUGGUGGACGAGCUUUUCGCCGAGAUCGUGAGGCAGAUGGACUUCUGCCCUCUGCCGGACCGGAGGGAGGCCUGCUGCCCCGCCUGCAGCGUGCAGUAGCAGCCUGAUGGAGCGGUGAUGGAUGGGAGGACGGUCGGCAAUGAGAAUGCUAAUUAAUUCAUGUUAGAUAGACUGAAGAUGGAAGGGAUUUAAAGGGAAAAUCCACUCUAAAACUGUUUAGACCUGCUUUCUGUAUCAAGCAGUUUAGGCCUGUGCAUUCUGGGAAAUGUAGGAAAUCCCUAACUGAUGCAGAAGAAGACAAAGAGGGUUUAGGGAAUGAUUAAAUUACAACAUACAUCACUCUUCGGACACAGGGUGGAUUUUUCCCUUGAAAGAAUGAAACAACAACACUUGACCUCCCACAUUCAUCACCGUCCUCCUGAUUAACAGGAGCAAAUGUUCAGGGUUUCCCAAAGGCAGCACGGUGCCAAAACCAUCUUAAAAGCCAUCGACAAAGAGGAUCAUAGUGCUAAACGCUUUUCGGGAAACCAGCCAUAGGUCCAAGCAGGGAUGGCAGUGUGCUCCGCAGUUUUUAUGGGUCCUCUUCUCUUCUGCUUGUGUUUUUUCUGUUGGCACUUUUGGGACUUUUUUUCGACAGUGCAAGACCAGUCACCAAGUAUCUGAAACAGAUGUCGAGUAACACCACUGUGAUGGAGUCGUACUGGAAAUUAAUUUCACAGCAGGCCCGCCUAAAUACGAAUGAAUGACUUGAUGAGCGAAUGUUUUAAAAAAAAGAAAGAAAACUGCACCUUUGGGGAAAUUCAUUCAGAAGAUCCCAAAUGUUGAAAUACUGUGGAUGAUGUGUGCAUGAAGUUGUACUGUCACACUGACAUCGAGUACAAUCAACCUCACCCAAAGAGACAGUAUCAAUCAAUCAACUGAUGAAACAAUCAACCGGACACUUGUCUUUACACCUUACAGAUGAUACAAAUGCCUUGUUACAUUGUAUGAAGUGAACAUCCGUGUCAGUGUAUAGUUCUUUUAUC